AUGGAGAGUCAUACUUCAGAGAUGGCCAGCCAGGACUCUCCGCUGCGCCGAAAAUUCUCCGAACCUCUACACACGAAGUCUGACUCCACCAAAACAACACCAUCCCCAGCACCAGAUGCUUCAAUAUGUGCAAAGUGUGGAGAACAUAUUGAGUCAUCCGCUGACAUGUCUCUUGAUGCCGCCAUUAAACGGCAUAUGGACUAUAAACACCUUACCGCCAAAGAUAUGGCUCCAUAUAAGAAUCAUGAAAAUGGUAUAGAUUAUGAGAGCCAAACAUACGAUGGCGACGAGGAUGACGAGCAGGUCGAAAAUGGAGACCUGGUUGUUGACCAAGCCAAUGGCUCACCCCGUUCAGCGGACUACAAUGAUGGCAAUGUCGAAGUUGCCGAAGAGGAACUAGCGGAAGCAACCGAGACCUACAUUGGAAAAAAGCGUGCUACGCUUGAUUCAGACCGUGCCGGAGUUAAUGGUGAUGGCGAGGUGCCCGAGGGCGAGUCUGACGUUGCUCUCUCCAACCAACUCCACGAGUUCUCUCGCGAUGAGUAUUCUGCAUCUAUCGAGAAGCGCCUUCACAAUUUAUGGAAUAUACAUGAUGUUCGUGAGUUCACCAAAGACUAUGAAGAGAACACAAGUGAAAUGAACGAGACCUGGGCGACUGUAUUCCAUGAAGCAAAGAGUGCCAAGAAACGCAAUGCUCCAGAAUUUCUCCAGCGACCGGAUCCCUACAAGGCGACAAAGGUUGGACGCGGCGAGUUCCUUGAGAUGGCACCACUUGAGGAUUUCUUGUCUCAACUACGCGAUCCCGAAUUGCGCACCAGUGAUGAGCUUUAUGCUAUCACUGAGAAUGUCGCUUAUGCCUUGAAAGUGUGGCAGGAUGAAUUUUUGGCGAUCGACAAGCUACAGAAGCUGGCUACUAGGCACAAUCUUAAGGUCACGAGCGAUCCUCGAAAACUUGAGCGGCCUCAAGUAUUUGAGGACAAGAAGGAAGCAAUGCUUUACGGCUACAAGUACGACCCGAAAGAAGACAAAGUCGGCCAUCAGAACCCCUUUUUACAGGGUGGCUUUAAACCAACCCCUGCCCAGUACCGGAAGAUGCUUCAGAAAGCUGGCCCGAACAACCCCAAUCCUGAUGGUUGGCGAAUCAUCUCUAAAUUCGGAGUUGACCAUGUUCCCAAGUUCCAAAACCCCCCACGCGAAGAUGGAAUUGCAAAGGCUACUCGGAAACGCAAGGCUGCUGAACUUGAAGCGGCUAGUCGAGCCAACGAGUCUGAUGAAGCUGCAGUUGCCGAAACUGCUACGCCCGCUGAGCCCGACCAAGAUUCCGCAAAACGCCGUUCCCGCAACCGUCGCCAAGGUGACGAACCAAAUGCCGAGAAUGGACGGAGCUCCACCCCACGAGGUCGGGGUGGUCGACCUCGCGGAAGGGGUGCAGCUCGUGGAGGUUCGCGUGCUGCUUCAGAGGCCCCGCUGGCGCCAGCCCCUGCAGCCGGAAACCCGGCUGGCUCAACACCUGUAUCAGAGGGCUUAACACAAGCACGAACAGGGGUCUCACAGUUGGUGCCAAUUGAACCGGCGCCGAACGGAGGCCCGGCGACUGCACCUGAUGCGAAGCCACCAGCAGGAGGUGCGCAAGGUGUGCUUGAUGCAGCUGAGGAAGCGCGACGACAGAAAAUAGCAAACUCGAAGAAUCCAAAACGCACAGAAGCUAUGCUUAACCACUGGGCUCGCUUCAACCGAGAAGGACGGGUCCGUAACCCGAAACGAUCCAAGGCUCAAAUUGAAGCCGAUAGAGCUGCAGACGCCGCGAGGAAAGCAUCAGAGGGCGCGAAGCUCGGGAUCAAGCAGAAGAAGAAAUCAGCCAGCCCUGCUCUCCCCAACCCUCCACGAGUCGACGCCGGCCUUGCCCCUGCACCGCCGCAGCCAAUGCAGUUGGCUCCCCCGCCCCAGUUGGCCCCAGGACCUCUUCCUCACCCUCACUCUCAUCCUCCUCCUCACCCCCACCCUCACUCUCAUACUCAUACGCAUACAUCGCAGCUGCCAUCGCAGCUACCGCCGCUUGCUGCACCACGUGGUUUGGCACCAUAUCCGCCUCCGCAUCUAGAUCCCCGACCUAUGCCGCCGUUUCCUCUUGCUCGUGGACCUGGUCCUCUCCAUCAACCGCCACCGCAGCCCUAUCGCACGCCAUACCCCGAUUAUUUCAAUAGUCCUUAUGGACCACCCCCGCUGCCUCCUCCUGGUCACCCGCGACCUUGA